UCCUCCCUUCUGUAAAUACUACAUAAAUGUUAUUUUCACUUUCAGAAGUCACUAAACCAUGGCCGUGGUCACUUCCUCUUUUCCUACCUCUGUGGCAGUUUUUGCCCUGAUCACCCUGCAUGUCGGGGCGCUCGACACUUUCAUCGCUGCGGUGUAUGAACAUGCUGUAAUACUGCCAAAUAGAACAGAAAGACCUGUGUCUCAGCAUGAGGCCUUGCUUCUCAUGAACAAAAAUAUAGAUGUUCUGGAAGGAGCAGUUAAGCAAGCAGCUGAUCAGGGUGCUCGAAUCAUUGUGACUCCAGAAGAUGCACUUUAUGGAUGGAAAUUUACCAGAGAAACCGUGUUCCCUUAUCUGGAGUAUAUCCCAGACCCUCAGGUGAAUUGGGUUCCAUGUAAAGACCCCCAAAGAUUUGGUCACACACCAGUACAAGCAAGACUCAGCUGCCUAGCCAAGAACAACUCUAUCUACAUCUUGGCAAAUAUUGGAGACAAGAAGCCAUGUAAUUCCCAAGAUUCCACAUGUCCUCCUAAUGGCUAUUAUCAAUACAAUACCAACGUGGUGUAUAAUACAGAAGGUCAACUGGUGGCACGCUACCAUAAGUACCACCUCUAUUCUGAGCCUCAGUUUGAUGUCCCUGAAAAGCCAGAACUGGUGACUUUCAACACCCCCUUUGGAAGGUUUGGCAUUUUCACAUGCUUCGAUAUACUCUUCCAUGAUCCUGCUGUUACCCUGGUGAAAGAUUUCCAUGUGGACACCAUACUGUUUCCCUCGGCUUGGAUGAAUGUUUUGCCCCUUUUGACAGCUGUUGAAUUUCAUUCAGCAUGGGCAAUGGGGAUGAGAGUUAAUCUUCUUGUGGCCAACAUACAUCAUGUCAGCCUAAAUAUGACAGGGAGUGGUAUCUAUGCACCAAACUCUCCCAAGGUAUAUCAUCAUGACAUGGAGACAGCUUCAGGAAAGAUUCUCCUUUCAGAGGUGGAAUCACACCCCCGAGGCUCUCCUGAUUACCCAGCAGCUGUGAAUUGGAGUACCUAUGCCACUGCCAUCAAACCCUUCUCAGUACAGAAAAACACUUUCAAGGGAUUUAUUUCCCGGGAUGGGUUCAACUUCACAGAACUUUUUGAAAAUGCAGGAAAUCUUACCGUCUGUCAAAAAGAACUCUGCUGUCAUUUAAGCUACAGAAUGUUAGAAAAAGAAGAGAAUGAAGUAUAUGUCCUAGGAGCUUUUACAGGAUUACAUGGCCGAAGAAGAAGAGAGUACUGGCAGGUUUGCACAAUGCUGAAAUGUAAAACUGCUAAUUUGACAACGUGCGGACGACCAGUGGAAACUGCUUCUACAAGAUUUGCAAUGUUCUCCCUCAGUGGCACAUUUGGAACAGAAUAUGUUUUUCCUGAAGUGCUACUUACUAAAAUUCAUCUGUCACCUGGAAAAUUUGAGGUGCUAAAAGAUGGCCGUUUGAUAAACAAGAAUGGUUCAUCUGAGCCCAUCCUAACAGUGUCCCUGUUUGGAAGGUGGUACUCAAAGGACUUACUGUACAGCUCCUGCAAGACCAGCAAUUCAGCAAUAACUUACCUGCGAAUAUUCACAUUAUUAAUGAUUGUAGCCUUGCAAAAUAUUGUAAUAAUAUAGGACAUCUCUUUAUCCCAGCAAUUUUUGCAUCAUCUAUUUUGCUACAUGUGUUUAUCAGGUUCCCAAGUUUAUUAAAACUCUGAAGGACUAUCUCAGCAGUAUAGACCAAUGAUUCUGAAUUUUUUUUUCUCAUCAAGGAUUAUUUUGAACUAUUAUGGUAAUUGUGUCUCUUUUUUUUGGUCUCUAUGACACGUAGCAAUGUGGUACAAUGGAAAGAACCUGGGUGUUUGGGUCAGAUAAAUGAGGAUCGAACCCCAGCUCCAGCCUUAUUUGCUAUGAGAUUUUGUGUGUGUUUGUGUGGGAGACAGGGUGCAUGGAGAGGUGUUUCAGGGCCUUUGUAAACUCAGCCGUGUCCUUGAAAAGAUUAAGAAUGAUGGGAAUUGAGAGGUUUAUGACUGAAUUCUUUUUGACAUUAAAGACCAUUUGAAUUC